UAAAAAUGAUUCAAGAAUACCUUUUGUAUACUUUGCAAACUUCAAAAAGUAACCACCAUGUGAGCUAAACAAAAAGGCUAACAUUUAUUUAGAAAUUCAGAAUUUUAAAAAUAUAAAAUAAAUUUUAUUUUCCCAAAAUUUCCAAUGAAUUUUACAUGGGUCCACAAACUCUGAUCCUUUGAGAACUAAAAUGGUAUGCAUAUGACUGAUUUACUCACCCGGUCAUCUCCAUCGGUGAGGUUAAAGGCCACAGGGUCCCGACAGCGAGACAUCUUAGGCGUGUACUGUGUCAUCUGGCGACAUGCAUAGAUGGCACACUCCUCAUCUAUUAGAAUGUCUAAGAAUCUGAAACAAUGCAAUAUCCAGUUUUCAUAUUUUGUCUAAACAUUUAAAGCUUGGCAAUUUAUCAUUCCAAAAUAAACAUACAAAUGACUUUCCACAUAGAUCUGAAUUUGUGUAUCCCUAAUUAUUUUUCUGGGAUUCCACACUUUAUAUGCUGACUACUGAGCUGUCACUACGAAAAAGAAAGUGUUGGAUGUACAUGUUUAUACCUAAAUUCAAAAAAUGCAACAAUUUGUGAAUACCAAUUACAUGUUUUUAUGUAUAUCUAAUUUCAUAGAUCUAAUAGUGGAAAAAAAUGCUGUAAUUGUUACGAAAAAUAUUUUCCACAAUAAAAAUCUCAGAUUUACAGUAUUGAGGUUUCAUCAGCAGCAAGCAUUUCGUCUGUUGUCAGACAUUAUAAUGAAUAGUGUAACUUCCAUUCCUGUGGAAAAACCUUCUACGAAUGGGUUCUUUAUGUGUUAUAUUCUGUUAAAAGAUACUGAUCAUCUGAAAGCAAGGGCCUGGUUUUGUGUUAAUGUUUUUCAUUUCAGUAAAACCCAAAUCUCUCAUAUCAAAAAGAAGCCACAAUUGUGAAAAUGACCAAAAACAAAUUAGAAUUGCCAUAUCGAUAACAAAUACGGUAAUUGUCUUUUUGUGUACAGGAAUUUAAUCAACUGAUGCAUGUACAUUCCAUGUAUCAUAAUAGGUGCUUAACUUUUAUUACCAGAAUGAAACAAACUGACUGAUAAAUAUCAGAAACCUCAAUUUGGCAUAGAACUAGCAACUGUAAAAUUGCGUAAUGAACCAAGACAAUAGCAGUAUUGUGUUCAUGGACAAAGGAAUUUCAACCACAUCGAAUGGAUUACUGAAUAAUUCCAAUGGUUUAGGCAUAGCUAAGAAAUUACUGAGAGACUUCUUGCCACCAAUACUUUUAACUCUCGGAACAAUCGGAAAUGCUUUAUCAUUAGCGGUACUUUGUCGAAAGAAGUUUCGUAAAAACACCACAUCUGUGUAUUUAAUCACACUGGCCGUGGUUGACAUUUUAGCGAUAUGGUUAGCAGUCUUACCCCAUUGGCAGCAAAAAAAAUAUGUUGAUCUCAGGAAAACUGUAUUUGGAUGCACAUGGAUGAUGUUUCUGAGAUUAUCUAUGACACAGUUAUCCGCAUGGAUACUAGUUCUUGUGACAUUUGAACGGCUUGUCGCUGUAUUCUCCCCGUUAAAAGUAAAGAUCAUCUUUAAUGUGAAGCGAGCGGUUAUUAUCCUUGCCAUUGUAAUUGCUGUAGUUUUGGGUUUAAAUAUACACAUUUUGUGGAACUUUGAGUUGCGUGGAAAAAAACAUACAUGCAGACCAAUAUCUUAUAAAUACUAUUUAAUGCACGCCUGGCUAGAUGGUAUUGCAGCAGCUUACAUCCCAUCAUUUUUGAUGCUCUCUGCAAAUAUAGCCAUCAUCGCGAAAAUGCAUAUGAGAAAAAAAUCUGGAUCAGGGAACUCUAAUAAGAUUGCUUCGAUGACCAUAGUUUUGUUACUCUGCAACUUUUCAUUCAUUUUCUUGACAUUUCCAUUUGUGUUGUUUCAUGCAUUUCACAAGCAGUGGUACAAAAAAGGGAAUGCAUCAGAAAAAGAUCCAGCACAAAAAAUACACAGAGACAUAGUUCAUUUGCUUGCAUACUCAAACCAAGGUAUCAACUUUCUUCUCUACUGUGCAUCUGGGCAAGCAUUUAGAGAAGAAAUUAAAAAGAUGUUUUAUGAUUGGAAGCGUGCAAUCUGUGGAAGAGAUAAUCGUGUAAGGAAUUCAUUGGCGAUGAACACCAACAUUGUAAAUACGAGUACCCAUUAAUGACAUUACAAAGAUCUUCAAAGAUUUCAGUAAAGUCUCUUCUUGAGGACAUUUUGUACUUUGAUCAAUCAUCUAAACAAUGAAUACAAGAAAUUGGAUGACAAGCAUUGGAUGACAAACCCAGUUGAAAAUAUGUGAACACCCUGUCAAAAGGAUGAAAUAUUAGAUACUUUGACCAAAACAAGUAGGAUUUAGCACCCACUUGAGAGUAAAGCUGGGGAGGGCAGUGAUUUUUGAUUGAUUUCUAUGUUGUACCUAUGGAAAGCUGAUGCAUUUUGAAAUAGGUUAGCUUGCAUCACUAUUUGCCGCUGGAGAGUACUGAAAAGUCCAUAUAUGGCAUAUCAUGUGACAUUUAACUAUUUUUGUGAACAAUCAAGUAAUUGUGUUCUUUAUGGGAAUAUCAGAAUUAUUAUAAAAAAUGGUAGAAAAAGCAAUAUCAUAUGACGUGUGUUACCUUUUAAAUAUACAGUGAUUAACAGUCAUAUCAAUAUACCGCAUCACACAUUAAUUAAUUGCAACUCUAGAGACAGACAAAUGACAUUGGAAAGCAUAUAUAUAUAUCUUAUAUAUCUUUUAUAACUACCAUGCAAAUAUGGCAACACCAUAUUUUACCUACUUUAUGGACAAAAUGAUUUUUACAGAAAACAUUUUUCCUAUGGUGUAAUCAUAUUAAUAGUAAUGAUUGAUAUGAAUGAUAUUUUGUACAACAGUCAAAUAAGAACUUCAGAAUGAACAGUUUUGUUAGAACAAUUUCCAGAUAAAUUAAUGAUAUCAAAUAUUUUUGAAUGGAUACAUUGAUGUUAGACUUAUUGUAGUAAUAAAUCGUAAAUAUUACGAAUAAUUGAUGAUUCUGUAUUUAUUUCAAAAUACCUUGUAAUUUCUACAACACUAUGCAAAACUAAGGUUUCCAGUUUGCCUUAUCAACUGGUCAUACUCUCUAAAAUAAAGUAUCAUGACUUUUUUGAAAAAGCUGACCUUGUUGGUCUUUUAAUUUUCAAAUAUUUGAAUUUUUCUCCUUUAGAUCAUCAAAUAUGACACUAUUCUUGUAAAACUCUAUUAGAUCGAUCAAGCAAAAGUUACAUUAUUUCAACCAGUUGAUGUUUGAAAUAAAAUAAGUAUCUGUCUGCUUUUAGAGUGUUGUACCAUUGUUUUAGAUAUUUGG